GGGCUCCAUUUUUGCCCACUCCACUUCCUUUUCUUCUUAACACCAUCGCCACCACCUUUUCACUUCAUAUCUUCCUUCCCUUUUCCUCUUCCUUCAUCCACCUCCCUCGCUUUUUGGCCUUUGAGUUUGGCUUUUCAUUGUUUUAGCCAUCUUAUAAAAACUGGGGUUAUCCUUUCUUAAUUUGAUCCGUAUAAUUGUUGAGGUCGUCUAAGCUGAGGAGUAAGCGAAGGGUUUUGAAAUGGAAAACGUUUCUAGCUUUAGGAACGAAGAUGAACAAAUGGAACUGCCUCCAGGAUUUCGAUUCCACCCCACAGAUGAAGAGCUGAUAACACACUAUCUCUCCAAGAAAGUUGUUGACAGCUUCUUCUCUGCUAUCGCCAUUGGUGAGGUUGAUUUGAACAAGUGUGAACCUUGGGAUUUGCCUUGGAGAGCCAAAAUGGGUGAAAAGGAAUGGUACUUCUUCUGUGUUAGGGACCGGAAAUACCCGACUGGUUUGAGAACAAACAGGGCAACGGAUGCCGGUUAUUGGAAAGCCACGGGCAAAGAUAAAGAGAUAUUCAAGGGGAAAUCACUUGUUGGGAUGAAGAAAACUUUGGUUUUCUACAAAGGGAGAGCACCCAAAGGUCAAAAGACCAAUUGGGUCAUGCAUGAAUUUCGUUUAGAAGGCCAGUAUUCCGUUUACAAUCUUCCCAAAACAGCCAAGAACGAGUGGGUUAUUUGUAGAGUAUUCCAAAAGAGUCCCAAUGGCAAAAAGGUACAUAUUUCAGGUUUGCCUCCACUAAUGGAUCCCUCACCGCACACCAGCGAAACAAGAACCGUGGUGGGCGCCGGCGAGACGUCAAACGUGACCUGCUUCUCCGAUCCGAUAGAAGACCGUAAAGCAGUGGAAGAAAUGAUGGACAGCUUCGACACUUCCCUUGUACCUUGUUCAUCAUCCUCUGUGAAUUCUCUUCAAAAGGCUUCCUACACCACCAACCAAAUCAAGUCGAACAUGGGAAACUUGCAGUACCCGGAUUGUUUUUGGAUUCAAGAACCGUCCUUAUUAAAGACAUUAAUCCAAAGCCAAGGAGGGCGGCCGAAGCAGAAUCUGAAACUAGAGUUUUCCCAGGAUUCAGCCGUGUCCAACCCUGAAAUGAUUCAACUUCCUGCAUGUUCUGCAGGAGCAAUAGACCUGGGUUACUUCUGGGGUUACUAAAAUUGAAGAUUAAAAACCGAAAAAAGGAAAAAUCAAGGGAUGUAAAUGGAUUGAAAGAGUUGGAAGAAUAUUAUUGUCAUGUGUGCAUAGAUAACAUUAGUAGGGGAAGUCAAGAAAAUGAUUGUGUUGUAAAAGUAGUUAAAAACUUUGUUAAGGUUUUCAUUGCCAUUUUAGGAUUUCACUCUAUUAUCUCAUGCCAUGCCUUUGUUUUAUACACAACUAUUGUAAUUUCUACCAUAUUUUAAUUCCCAUUUAAUUCUCCAA